UUCCGGUGCCGGAGCCGAGGCGAGUUAGCAGCUCCGCUUUGAAAUAAAGGACAAAACGUUUUAUAAACGUCCUUAAACGUGUGUGUGUGUGUGUGUGUGUGUGUGUGUGUGUGUGACUCCGCGAGCUCUCCCCGAUGGGCGGCUGGUCCCGCGGCGCCGUGCUGGAGCUGUACCGAGCGCUGCUCCGCGCAGGGCGCCACCUGCAGUACACCGACCGCAACUACUACAGACGCGCCAUCGCCCGCGAGUUCAGACGCUGCCAGUCGCUCAGCGAGGAUCGAGAGAAAGAGGAGGCGCUGAAGAGGGGACAGUUCUUCCUCAACAGCCGUCUGGGAGGACUCGUCUAG